GAUAGCUACGACAAUCUUCAGUCAUUUUUCCAGUGCGAGGAGCGUCGAGAACGUCAUUGCUGGUUAAUCGUUACACAAGAGUGGACGAAUAAGCUCUGAACGGACGACCUUGGAACCCGUGCAGUCGAUCUCUGGACUCGUAAUCCGUGACCUCUCGCUCGAAAGAUUCGAGUCGCCGUUAGGGGAACCUGCAUCCUGAGCUUCGCACCAUGUCGGAGCCUAUCAAUGUCGUUGUCACCGGCGCUGCAGGACAGAUCGCCUACUCUCUCCUAUACCAGUUGGCUGCUGGAAUAGUUUUUGGACCGGAUCAACCCAUAAACCUCCGCUUAUUAGACAUUCCUCCCAUGAUGGAUGUAUUGCAAGGCGUUGUUAUGGAGCUGGAAGACUUGGCGCUUCCUCUGUUCAAAGAUAUCGUAUCCACUGCUGAUCCCGCAGUAGCCUUCCGUGACGCAGCAGCUGCUUUCCUGGUUGGUUCGAUGCCUCGCAAACAGGGAAUGGAGAGGAAAGACUUACUCUCAGCUAAUGUCAAGAUUUUCAAAGCCCAAGGCGAGGCCUUGGAUAAAUUUGCACGCAAGGAUGUCAAAGUUUUAGUAGUCGGCAAUCCAGCCAACACGAAUGCACUGAUUUGUUCACACUAUGCGCCAUCCAUACCGAAGGAGAACUUCACGGCAAUGACAAGACUCGAUCAGAACCGAGCGCAGGCAGCUAUAGCGGCUCGUUUGGGGGUGCAGGUUGACAAGGUGCGAAAAACCAUCAUCUGGGGUAAUCACAGUUCGACACAGUAUCCUGACGCAUCACAUGCCACCGUGGAUACACCGAAUGGAACGAAGCCAGUUCCCGAAGUGCUGAAUGACAAUGCUUGGCUCGAAGGCGUGUUCCUGGAGACGAUCCAGAAGCGAGGAGCAGCCGUGAUAGCGGCCAGAAAAAUGUCUUCGGCUAUGUCUGCAGCAAAAGCUGCCGGGGAUCACAUGAGAGACUGGUGGUUGGGAACCAAGGACGGAGAAUGGGUCAGCAUGGGUGUCAUAUCGGAUGGCAGUUACGGAGUGCCUAAGGACAUUGUCUUCUCCUUUCCCGUCACCAUCAAGAAUGGUCGAUACAACAUUGUCCAGGGUCUCUCGAUAAGUGACUUUGCAAGGACCAAGCUGGACCUGACUGCGAAGGAGUUGGAGGAGGAGCGCGCCGAGGCGAACACCGUCCUGGGACAAUGACUAAAAAGAGUCGGAGCUCGCACGGGGUCUUCGGGUCGCGAGGCCGCCUCGAAGUUGUGAGCAGAGACUGCCGACUACGAAGAAGGAAUAAAAGAACAAAGGAACCUAGUGGACGCAGAAGAAGCGACCUGCGUCGGGGACGCGAAAAGGGAAAAAUCGGGCUUCAGGGGGCCGGACGAAGAGCACGACUCGCAACGUACUUCUCUUUUAUUCCUCCCAAGGAUCAAUAAUAAUUUAUAGUACAGUAAUAGUAA